GCCUGCACAGAAUUCUUGAAGGAAGAGGAGAAAGAAAGUGACCUGGACAAACAUAGGCUGAAGUGGAAGGACUGAGACAGUUACAGAUUGAGAGGGGAAGGUUUCCUUCAGAAAAUACGCUGCAAGGCUGAGAGCAGAGAUCCAGAUUUACUUGUCUAACUGGAAAGGCCGGAGGGGGUGUCGGCUGCCUCUGAGAGUGUGACAGGUGUGGUGAGAGACAAACAAAAAAACAGAUACAGCCACACACAGAGACGAGACGGAGAGGAAAUAUUACUGGAAUAUAAAACUCUUCAGGUGGAGAUAAAGCACCUAGUGCUGACUACAAACUAUUUUGUGCGUCCACUGGAAAUAAGAGGACAUACGACACAGAGAGAAAGAAAGAUGGCCGAGCCCCCGAAGAUUGAACUCUUCGUUAAGGCCAGUGUUGAUGCUGAGAGUGUGGGGAACUGUCCUUUCUCUCAGAGACUCUUCAUGAUUCUUUGGUUGAAAGGGGCCAACUUUACCCUCACCACUGUGGACAUGAAGAGAGCCCCUGAUGUGCUGAAGGCUCUGGCUCCGGGUUCUCAGCCUCCCUUCCUGCUCUUCAACGGUGAAGUCAAAACGGACACGAACAAGAUUGAAGAGUUCCUGGAGGAACACCUAGCCCCACCUCAGUAUCCAAAAAUGUGCUGUCGAUACAAAGACUCCAACGGUGCUGGAGAAGAUAUCUUCCGAAAGUUCUCAGGCUACAUCAAAAAUCCCAAUCCUGGAUUAAAUGACAUGCUGGAGAAAAAAUUUCUGUCAACUCUGGUAAAACUGAACAUGUACCUGGAGACGCCCCUCCCACACGAGUUGGACCAGAACCCGAACACCACUCUCUCGACACGCCUCUAUCUGGAUGGGGAAUCCCUCACCUUGGCAGACUGCAACCUGCUUCCCAAACUCAACAUUGUCAAGGUGGUGUGUAAGCAGUACCGCGACUUUGACAUCCCUAAAGAACUGAAAGGUCUGACUCGUUACCUGGAUAAUGCCUACAAAAAAGAUGAGUUUCGUUACACCUGCCCGAAUGAUUCAGAGAUCCUUAUUGCCUACCACUCUGUGGCAAAGUACCUGAACAAAUAAAUCAGAGGGAAAGAUGAAGCAGUGUAAGUGAGAGUUGAAAGCAAAUAAUAAUAGAAUUAGAAAUACAGAGAACAGGUGAUUAAAUGCGUUGAAACUGUACAUGAUUUAUGUUUCCUUUGUCAAAAUAAGAGUUUAGACAAUGAAAAUGGUCUGCAUUUGCAUAUAGCUUUCUAGAAAAAUGUUGUUUUAUCAAUUAGGUUUGCCAACUGCUACUUCAAAGUUGUUUUAAAUCUGUAUUUGUAUAUAAUGUGUGUUCUGUUGCAUGCUGUGGUUUUACUGUUGUGGAUUUCUUAUUGAGCCCCAGCAAGAGAAGUGAAAAAGCACUGUAAAUCCCAGGAAAUAUUUAUAUUGUGUCUCAUUUUGCAUGCAUAUAUUGUCUCUAAACAUUAACAGAAUGUUGAUUUCAAUUAAUAAUAUACAUUCUAACAUGAAAUCAGAUGCAACUUUAAUCAAUUAUUUUAUGUUCAGAAAAGUAUGUGUGUUAACAUGGAAAAACAUGUUGUCUGCAGAUAAGGCAGGCCGACGGUAACCCAUGGUUUGCUUUUAAAUUGUCUUUUAUUGGUACGUUUUUAAACUCACACGGAACAUUAUUUCACUCAAUAAAUUAUUUGUUACCAUCGCUGAUAACUUUUCACAGUCCGUCCUCUUGAUUUUUGUGUUUGAAAAUGACUGCAUGUGUCUUGGUAGUGACUCAGUUAUGUUGAACUUGUAUGUUUAAAAAGAAUGAAGACAGGGUAAAGAAAAACACAUUGAUAAAAAUGUUGUAAAAAAGUACGGUGUUGGUUGUAGGAAUAUUGGGUUAGUUUGCAAUAAUGUGUAAUAAAUGUGUAAACAAUGUACCUGUAAAUAACAGAAAGACAAUAGCUGCUAAAUGUAUGAAGUGUAGCAAAAACCAUGCUUCUCCAGAUGUGUUGCUUUUCAAUGCCCUUUUUAAACUGAAGGUAAUGUUCCUUUGUGGGUUGACAACAUGCUCUUGCUUCUUAAGCUAAAUAAACAAUUUUUAAAACCUUGA